CUCAGAUACCAUAGAGCCACGGACCUUCAUCCGUCACUCACGUUUGUCUCAGAUCCAUUCAUCACAAUAUAAUACAUUUUUCUGUUCAAGUUCUGUUUCUAUGAGAGGUCGGUGGGUCAACAAAGAUGAAUUUUAGUAGAUAGAUUUUAUAUAACAUCAUGGUUUUUGCUCUUUGUUUUUCAAAUAAAUAAAAUGGCUUUCUUUGAAUGCAUGAAACAACAUUGAAGAGCAAAAUCCAUGCAACAUAUUUCAAAAGUAUUUCUUAUGCUCAUGGAGAUGUUGAAAAUAUUUAAUGCAUGUGUGUAGACUCUUAUCGUUAGUCUAGUGAUAAUAAUAAUUAUGCUAAGUAUUUUAUAUAUUUAAAGAUAUGCUGAAAUUGACCAACAGUUUUUGCAGAUAUCUCAAGUUCACAUGUGAGAAUAGACAUUAUAACAGGGCACAUGUGAAAACUUUCUCACAUUUGACAAACCCAAGACACACAUGUCAUAAUUUAGAGAAUCAUCCACAUCCCUCUUUUGCUACACCAUUUAUUGAUACUGGCCAACAAUUAAGAUUUUAUGCAAAUAUAAAAAAAAGAUUUUAUCUCAAAAGACUAAAUAAAAGUUCUAAUGAAUCAAAAAAAUCCAAGCAAAUGAGUGAGUCACUGCAGCCUACUCUGAAUCAUGUUAGCUAUGGAGGACAAUUUGAAAUUACAUCAGAAGGUAGCAGCCCUGGUAGGUGGAAAAAACCACUGGGUGAUUCUGGGUCUACAGCUAAUAAAAAGGAACCCUGUCCCAUACCACCAAAUUUUCGUGUUUGGGAACAAAUCCUGAAGAAACCUGACGCCAGUGAUGGAAAUUCCUUCAAGUUUAAGAUAUUAUCGUACAACGUGUUGGCUCAGUACUUACUGGAGUGUCACCCAUAUUUGUACACAGAUUGUGUCCCACAUAAUCUCACAUGGAAAGUUAGAGCUGCAAGACUAUACGAUGAAAUUGUAAAGCUAGCACCAGAUAUAUUAUGCUUACAAGAAGUACAAGCUUCGCAUCUAAAUUCCUUUUAUUCAAAGUUUGAAAAAAUCGGAUAUUAUGGAGUAUUCAAACAAAAAACGGGUCACCGACAUGAUGGUUGUGCUAUCUACUUCAAGCAGUCGCUAUUUGACUUGUGGGACCAGGUCACUGUUGAAUACUAUCAGCCGGCGUUACCAAUUUUGAACCGCGAUAACAUCGGCGUGAUGGUGAAAUUGAUGCCCAGGAAUUACUACGGGCCGCCUAUAGUAAUCGCCACAACACACCUCUUGUACAAUCCGCAAAGGACAGACGUGAGGUUGGCGCAAAUACAGUUGCUUCUAGCAGAAUUAGACAGAUUUGCUUUCUACAACGAUGGACGAGAAACGGGUCACUUGCCUAUAAUUUUAACUGGAGACUUCAAUUCGACUCCCGACAGUGCAGUCAUAAAGCUUUUAGAUAGGGGACGUGUCAGUACAAGGCCAUUUCGGGAUACAUCUGACUGGAAGAACAUAGGAGUAACAGACAAUUGUCAGCAUUUAUCUGUUUAUCUUAACAGACAGCAAGGUCGAGUGACUGACUUUUGCAUGACAAAGAUUCACAAUACAGACUACCGAGAAAGCACCCCGGGGCCGAGUGACUUAUGCCGUGUGUCCCCCAACCACAAUGCAUACAGCGAACUUUUCAACAGUGGGCUAGUCAGCCACUCUCUCAACCUUAAAUCCACUUACAAUAAAUAUAAACCCGACGGCUGCCAAGAAGCUACUACGUUCCAGGAUUUUUGGAUAACUGUCGACUAUAUUUAUUUCAGCUAUUGCAGUACUUUGAAGCUUGUAGAGCGUCUCCGCCUUCCUACGGCUGAUGAAUGUGAUACCCUGGGCAAGUUACCCAACGACGCUUACGGUUCCGAUCAUCUCGCAUUAGCUGCUGUCUUUGAAUUAAAGUCACGCAAGUCCUCUUUAUAAAUUCUCUCUAUGUAGUUAGUCUUCCGCUAUAUACGAUUAGGUAAAGAUACAGUUUAAUGGCAACCUGACGGAGUAGAUAGUCAGAUCCGAAAUUACCUUAUUGUAUAUUUCAAGUUUUAUUGAUUCAUUAGUGCGUCUAAAACUAAUAAUAUUAAUAUUGUAAUAGCGUGUGGUAACAUAUAACGGAAAGGUGUACUAAAGAUUAGACAAAUAUAGCUGAUUACGGGUCGUGGUACGUGAAAUAAGGAUCUAAAAUUAUUUUCGUUACUAUAGAAGGUAGAAUAAAUAGAAUUAUAGCCCAUCUACGAUAGGAUUUUUAUACUACAUCUAAUCGGAAAAUGCCUUUUACCUUUUUUGAAAAAGGGGAAGUUAUACAAAUAAAAGGGAAGAGAAAGUGUAUGAAAAACUAAAUUUACCUCCAUCUUUUUGCUUUUUAUUUUUUUGACAACAUCAUUAGAAGCUUACCUUAAGAGGUUUUAUAUACAAGUCUCGCCAUAUUGUUCUUAAUAUGAAAUUAAUUGAGUAUAAACAAACGUUAUUUUCCUUGUAGAUGUAGUAUAAAGCACUAGGUAUCACUCGGGAGAAAGUACAAUUCCCAACUUGUGUGUAAGAAGCUCAAACUACACUCUCGUUGGUAUUCGGUCACUUUCUUCCCUUGGUGAACAGUGUACUUACUAUUAUAUUUGUAAUAAAGUUCUAAACCUGUACAUUGCGAUGAAUAACUUAAAUGUUCGCACCCAAAACAUGAUGAUACGUAUUAUAAUUAUGUAUAAUUUAUUAUGUAUUAUACAGAGGGGCCCAAAGGUUCACUUUCAAAAUGAAACAUUAGAAUGAGGGACUCAUUGGCUACCAGAAGCAUCUCCCCCUCCCAUUUAUGAUCAGCGAAUAUUUUAGGUUUAGAAGAUAUGAUCUAUUUUGUACCUUUUUCAACAUUUUCUCAUCAUUAUUUUGUCGCCAUUUCUUUCUUAAUAAUAAUUUUAAGAAAGUGGACCACUAGAUAAAAAAUUUUGCCGAAUCAAAGAUAAAAAAACUUAUUCGAAGUCAAAGUGAGAAUUUGAUCAAAAUUGUUACCAUUGCUGAAACCUCGCCGAAGAAUAAUAAACACAUGAGGUUGUCAUGAACCCUGAAAGUAUUUCUAAUGACUGCUCCAUUUAAGAGGCUUUUAGAAACUUAAUAAAAGUAACUUCUAAUAGGGGCAAAAAACGAAGUAAUUGGCCCUCAAAGAUUGGAAGUCAGAGAUAUUUGAAUUAAUAUUUGAUGUUAUAUGUAUUAAUAAUCGCUGAACAUGGGGGGUUUCUGUUAGCAAAUGAUCUGUCUAAUUUUUUAUUUUGAACAUGAACCUCUGGGUCACCCUGUAUACGCCUGUUUUAUAAACGAGUAAUGUGGUUUUGUCAUACCUACAGGUUUCUCGUUAAUAAUAUAGUGUUACCUUGACAGAAAUACCUAUAUAUCUUAUAAUAUUUACAACAAAAGGAUUAAAACUGAGCAUUCUACGUUGCCUUAUAGCAAAAUAGUACACAUUUAAAUGCCGAACUGAUAGUAUUCAUACAUUAUAUUCAAUCAGCAAUCAUAAUUGUUCUAGUAUUAUCGAAUUGUUAGGUAUCGGAACUAACUGCAGCUUACGUAACUAAUUAAUAAUCCGCUGUUGCAAAGGUGCUUUCUGUCUUACUAUAUUGACAAUCCAAUAGCCUUCUUUAUUUAAAAUUUUGUGUAUAAAUUAUAACAGUAAUAACAAGUAACUUUUGUUUAUAGGCAAUAAUAUGUGCGAUAGGGCACAUAAGUAUGACAUUGAGGCCGUUGGUAUUAGAUUUGUAUAAUAUGUACAUAAAUGCGAGUUGACUGCGUUAAUUGUUGCCUAAUAGGUUAUCAAUUGUUGCUUAAUAGGUUGUGUCGUGUAGCAACCACAUAGACAACGUCCGCAAGUGGAUCAGUAUAUUCAAUUUAGUAAUACAUUCAAAGAUUUUCUUACGUCGUUGACAGUAUAACUGAGCGGCGCGACUAAUUUAAUCGCGAUAUUCUUAGAUUUUCCAUUUUAAUUAUAUUCAUGUAUAGAGAAGAAAUAAUUGUUUAUGUUUAAUUGUGUCCUACAUUAAUAUAUAUUUUGGUAUAAUUUUGGAAAUACAAUGAUGAUGAAACAUAA